GACUUCUGGUCUUGCAAUCAAGGUGGACAGAAAGAGCAAAACAGAAACAGAGGCCUAGAGGAAAAACAGAGGUAUAUGUUGCCUCUCUGUUGACCGCUUUCCUUUGCCACUACCAUGAGUUGGAGCUUCCUGACUCGCCUGCUUGAAGAAAUCCACAACCACUCCACAUUUGUGGGUAAGAUCUGGCUCACCGUCCUCAUUGUUUUCCGCAUUGUGCUGACAGCUGUAGGAGGUGAGUCCAUCUACUACGAUGAGCAGAGCAAGUUCGUCUGCAACUCAGGCCAGCCGGGCUGUGAGAACGUGUGCUAUGAUGCCUUUGCGCCACUCUCACAUGUCCGCUUCUGGGUCUUCCAGAUCAUUCUGGUGGCCACACCUUCACUCAUGUACCUGGGCUAUGCAGUCAACAAAAUUGCCCGGGCUGAGGAACAUGCAGAUAGUGGGGGAACGGGUGGUUUGCACCAGAGGAAACAAAAGAAGCACUACCUUGCCGCAAGGAGGCAGCACAGAGGCAUUGAAGAGGCUGAGGACGACAAUGAGGAAGACCCAAUGAUCUACGAAGUGCCCGAUAUGGAGAGUAAUGAUGGUGCAGGUGGAAGUUGUGGUGGAAAAAGAAAAGUGAAGGUGCGUCAUGAUGGGCGCCAGCGCAUCAAAGAGGAUGGGCUGAUGCGUAUUUAUGUCCUUCAGCUCCUGGCCCGCUCUGUGCUGGAAGUAGGUUUCUUAUGUGGGCAGUAUGCCCUUUAUGGCCUGGCAGUACCUGCCAGCUAUGUAUGCUCUGGUCCGCCCUGCCCGCACAGCGUGGACUGCUUUGUGUCACGGCCCACUGAGAAGACUAUCUUUCUUCUCAUCAUGUACACUGUCUCUCUGCUCUGCUUGGCACUCAAUAUAUGGGAGAUGCUCCACCUGGGCACCAGUACCAUUUGUAAGAUCCUGCACUCUCGCCGUGAGCAGCUCCCUGAAGAUGAGCUGUAUAGGCUGACAAAGAGAGCAAGCGCUCUGAACGAGGCAGGAGUGAGAGGAGUGAACGGGGAGGAUUAUGGCAGCUACCCUCUCUCCUGGAACGCAUCUUCAGCUCCUCCAGGGUACAACAUCCCCAUCAAACCUCUUCUCCUGUCUACUGGGAAUAAUGACCAACCACUACCCUUCACUGACCUUAGUAAUGCCAAUAUGGCAAGCAAGCAGAACCACGUCAAUUUUGCCCAAGAGAAGCAACAGCAGCACAGCAACAGAAAUGAUGGCAACACAACCAGAGGAGGGAAAGGUGACGCCUCCAGAGCUCUUCAGAAGGAGAUCUGUCAGGCACGGAGCAGGCUGGAGGCUGACAUUCAGGCCUACAGCCAGAAACAGAGCCACAACAACACUCACAGCAAGUCUCACCGUGAGCGAAGGCAGGUGUCUAAACACUCCUCCAGCGUGGUGGACACAGACAUAGGCAGCAGCAGCAACAGUGUUAGCAGCAAAUUUGGAGGGGGGAAGGGUUCUGAGUGGAUCUGAACCAUAAACUGUGACAUACUGUGAUUUUUUGCAGUUGUUUUGACAAUGCAGAGCUUGC